AUGGACUCUUUCCCAUCAUAUGUGGAAACAAAAAUUAUACGUGGAUCGGAUGUGAGUGAAGAGCCCAAGCAAACAAUUUUCGAUUCAGUUGGAUUGGACUCGGAUGACCUCAACCCAGCCUCUUUCUUCACAACUCAACGUUGGGCAAACUGGUUCGGAAAAUACAACGAAUCCUAUCGACGAGUUGAUAGAGCUCCCAUAUUUUCACUGAACAAUCGACAUUUCGCUGGUACGCUUCUUCGUGGACUUCAAAUGGCGACACUAACAUUACAGACAGAGACAGUCGAGCCGUUCGCAGUCUCGUUUGAUUCAUGGGAGGCGACACGUGAAUUGCAACUGCGAGUGUGCUGCGACGACUUCUGCCCGCUGUCCACCUAUUCCGGCUAUCGGAUGGGUGACCGAUCAUGGCGACGACUUGCUCUACAGUGUCCGGCAGGAACUCGCACGGUAGGUUUUCUACAGCAUGAUAUUCCAAACAAGUUAUAUCGCACUGCUUUCGGUUUGAGCACUUAUUCGUACAGUUAA